UCUAGUUGCACUAGCUGGAAGCUGCCUGGUGUCUCGCGGGUGUUUAAGCAGUUGCCUCAUCCAGGUACUCGAAAGACCAUGGCAUCGCCGGCGUCCACCCCGAGCCGCCGUAGCAGCCGGCGCGGACGGGCCUCUUCGGCGCAGUCGCUUCGAAGUGAUGAUGCCAGGUCAUCUCCAUCUCAGAGGAGAAGAGGCGAGGAUUCAACUUCAACAGGAGAGUUGCAGCCAAUGCCUACCUCACCUGGAGUUGACCUACAGAGUCCUGCAGCACAAGAUACAUUAUUCUCCAGCCCUCCUCAAAUGCAUUCUUCAACCAUUCCUCUUGACUUUGAUGUUAGUUCACCAUUGACUUAUGGUACACCGAGCUCUAGAGUAGAGGGAACUCCAAGGAGUGGUGUUAGGGGCACACCAGUGAGACAGAGGCCUGACCUGGGCUCUGCACGAAAGGGCCUGCAAGUGGACUUGCAGUCCGAUGGGCCAGCAACAGAAGAAAUAGUGGCAAGUGACCAGUCUCUAGGCCAAAAACUUGUGAUUUGGGGGACAGAUGUAAACGUGGCAACAUGCAAAGAAAGUUUUCAGAGAUUUCUUCAGCAUUUUAUUGACCCUCUGGCUAAAGAAGAAGAAAAUUUUGCCAUAGACAUUACAGAACCUGUGUACAUGCAACGACUUGCAGAGAUUAACGUUAUUGGGGAGCCAUUUUUAAAUGUAAAUUGUGACCACAUAAAAUCAUUUGACAAAAACCUAUACAGACAGCUCAUCUGCUACCCACAGGAGGUUAUCCCAACUUUCGACAUGGCUGUGAAUGAGAUCUUCUUUGACCGUUACCCUGACUCAAUCUUAGAACAUCAGAUUCAAAUAAGACCAUUCAACGCCUUAAAAACUAAGAAUAUGAGGAGUUUGAAUCCAGAAGAUAUCGACCAACUCAUCACCAUUAGUGGCAUGGUGAUACGGACAUCCCAGUUGAUUCCAGAGAUGCAGGAAGCUUUCUUCCAGUGCCAAGUUUGUGCCCACACAGUCCGUGUGGAGAUUGACCGUGGGCGCAUUGCUGAGCCCUGUGUGUGUGAGCGCUGUCAUACCACCCACAGCAUGGCCCUGAUCCAUAACCGCUCUGUGUUUUCUGACAAGCAGAUGAUCAAACUUCAAGAGUCUCCUGAAGAUAUGCCUGCAGGGCAAACGCCUCACACUGUCAUCCUCUUUGCGCAUAAUGAUCUUGUUGACAAGGUUCAACCUGGGGACAGAGUGAAUGUUACAGGCAUCUAUCGAGCUGUUCCUAUUCGAGUCAAUCCAAGAGUGAGUAAUGUGAAGUCUGUCUACAAAACCCACAUUGAUGUCAUUCAUUAUCGGAAAACGGAUGCAAAACGUCUGCAUGGCCUUGAUGAAGAAGCAGAACAGAAACUUUUUUCAGAGAAACGUGUGGAACUGCUUAAGGAACUUUCCAGGAAACCAGACAUUUAUGAAAGACUUGCUUCAGCCUUGGCUCCAAGUAUUUAUGAACAUGAAGAUAUAAAAAAGGGAAUCUUGCUUCAGCUCUUUGGUGGAACAAGAAAGGAUUUUAGUCACACAGGAAGGGGCAAAUUUCGUGCUGAAAUCAACAUCCUCCUAUGUGGUGACCCUGGAACCAGCAAGUCCCAGCUACUGCAAUAUGUGUACAACCUCGUUCCUCGUGGCCAGUAUACAUCUGGGAAGGGCUCAAGUGCAGUUGGCCUCACUGCAUAUGUAAUGAAAGAUCCUGAAACAAGGCAGCUGGUCCUGCAGACUGGUGCCCUUGUCCUAAGUGACAAUGGCAUCUGCUGUAUUGAUGAAUUUGACAAGAUGAAUGAAAGUACAAGAUCAGUACUACACGAAGUCAUGGAACAACAAACACUAUCCAUUGCAAAGGCUGGGAUUAUUUGUCAGCUCAAUGCACGCACUUCUGUCCUCGCAGCAGCAAAUCCUAUUGAAUCUCAAUGGAAUCCUAAAAAAACUACCAUCGAAAAUAUCCAGCUCCCUCACACGUUAUUAUCAAGAUUUGAUUUGAUCUUCCUCAUGCUGGAUCCCCAGGACGAAGCCUAUGACAGGCGCCUUGCUCACCACCUUGUGGCACUGUACUACCAAAGUGAGGAACAGGUCGAGGAGGAGUUCAUGGACAUGGCUGUGCUCAAGGACUACAUUGCUUAUGCCCACAGCACAGUCAUGCCUCGACUGAGCCAGGAGGCCAGCCAGGCUCUCAUUGAGGCUUAUGUAGAUAUGAGGAAGAUCGGGAGUAGCCGAGGAAUGGUUUCUGCAUACCCUCGACAGCUGGAAUCAUUAAUCCGAUUAGCAGAAGCCCAUGCUAAAGUACGGUUUUCAAACAAAGUUGAAGCAAUUGAUGUUGAAGAGGCAAAACGCCUCCAUCGGGAAGCUCUAAAGCAGUCUGCAACUGACCCCCGGACUGGCAUUGUGGACAUAUCUAUUCUUACUACAGGACUGAGUGCUACCUCUCGUAAACGGAAAGAAGAGUUAGCAGAAGCAUUGAAAAAACUUAUUUUAGCCAAGGGCAAAACACCAGCUCUUAAAUACCAGCAGCUUUUUGAAGAUAUUCGGGGACAAUCUGACAUAGCAAUUACCAAAGAUAUGUUUGAAGAAGCACUGCGUGCACUGGCUGAUGAUGACUUCUUGACAGUAACUGGGAAGACUGUUCGCUUGCUCUGAAGCUCUGUGAGGAUUACGUUGUAUUCUGUCCUGACAUGGCCAAGCCACCUACUCUUAUAUAUGGCAUUGGGUUUGUCAGCUCCCAUUGCUAGUAUCUAAGUUGGAAAUUGUUUUAACAGCAUUAUUUGACUCCAAAAAUUUUCUAACUGAA